AUGAUGUCAUGUAAUGUUAGCUUUAAACAAGCAGUACAUACUAGAAAGAUUAAAACACUUUACUUUAAGAGAACACAUUUUCCAAGGCUGAGGGCUGCUGUCAGAGACAUAGACUGGGAGAGAAUAUUGGCAUUGAUGAACACAGAACAGAAAUGGGAAUUCUUCAAAACCACUGUAUGCGAACACACUGCAAAAUAUAUUUCCAUGGGCAACAAGUUUAAAAGGCUAAAAUAAAACCUAUGGGGCUAAUGGACAAAGUUAAAAAGGUAUAAAUGAUAUGAAAAGAGCUUUUAAAAAAUAUAAAUAUGAAGAAACGCUAUCAUCAUUUAACUGUUACAAGGAAUA